AUGUUCGUAGGCUACUAUGGUCGUCGUCGUUUGAAAACAUUAUUUAUUUCAUUUGUCACAUCGUUAAUCUUAGUUUUUAUUGUUAAGAAAUUUAUAUUUUCAUCACAUUCUGAUCAUGUAAAUAUUCGAAAACAAGUAUCUAAAAAAAAUAUAUCAAAAUCGAAUGAAACAUUAAAGCAAAGAACUCUUGCACCUCUAUUACAAUCCGCAGAAGAUAAAUCAACAGAUUUUUUAUCAUCAUUUAAAUUUACCAAUUCACCUUAUUUAGAUUUAUCACCUGAAUUACCUCUCAUUAUACCUAUUAUAGUCUUAUCUAAAGCAUCAAAUAUUGAAAUACGUGAUGCUAUACGACGAACAUGGGGUACUGAUCGAUUAUAUGCAAAUACAACAAUACAAUAUAAAGUUUUUUUUCUUGUUGGUAUCGAUGAUUCAUUACUAAAACGUAUUCAAUCCGAACAAAUUCUUUUUGAUGAUGUUAUUCAAGUUUCUGUAUCUGAUCUAUCUUCAUUUGUUGCAUAUAAAGAAUUUUCUGCAAUGUUAUGGGUACGAAAAUAUUUACCAAAUGCUCCAUAUUAUAUUAAAAGUGAAGAUGAUAUUAUUAUGAAUAUAAAUGCUGUUAUAAAUAAAUUAUUACCAACAAUAGAACCUUAUAUGAAAAAAAGUUUAAUUGUUGGUUGGUUUGCUCGAGAACAUUCUGUUGAUAGAGGUAGUUAUCAAAAAUUUAUUAAUGCUGCUAUACCACCAUUAACUAUUGAUUUAAAUUAUGCAAUGAAUUCAUUAUAUAUCAUCACAUCAGAAGCUUGUGAUCAUAUGCUUGAUUUUAUGAAUAAAGUCAAUAAUAUUAUGUAUCCAGGUGAUCCAUUUAUUACGGGUAUUCUUCGAGAAGCUGCACAUAUUGAAAUAAAAAAUUUAGCAAAAUCAACAGAAUAUUUUCGAUAUGAAACAGGUAAUGGUGCAUGUAAUGAAGCAUUUGAAACAAAUCCAAAAUUAUUAUUUUGUACAACAAUCUCAUCAUCAUUAUCAUCAAAAUCUAGUACAACUCAUUCAGUAUCAGAAUAUUUUGAAGUAUGGAAUACACUUCUGAAUCAAAAUCAGAUACUUAUCAAUAAUAUAAAACAAUAA